GUAACCCCAUUCUUGGGGAGAUGGUGGGGCCCCUGGGGUCAGCAGGUGUCUGUGCAAACAGUACAUGCUUUUAAGAAUCGAAAAGGGCUAUGCAUUUUCACAAAAUGUGCUUUUAUUGAAUACAGACAAUGCAUUCAAAUGAAUUUGAGCAUGUAUUCCACCAAAACACCAGCAUAGAUCCUCCGGUGUUCACAUGUGGACUGUUAGACUUGGAGACUGCAAAAUGUUUUUCUUUUUUUCCAGAGUAUAUUUUCUAAAGAGAAAAACAACAACAUGGUUUCAAAACUGGAAGCAGCAAUGGAAGGCCUGAUUAAAGUGUUCCACACAUACUCUUCCAAAGAAGGAGACAAGUACAAGCUAAGCAAAGCCGAGCUCAAGAGUUUGCUUCAGGGAGAACUCAGUGACUUUUUAGCAGCAAGUAAAGACCCCAUGGUUGUGGAGAAGAUCAUGUCUGAUUUGGAUGAGAACCGGGAUGGAGAAGUGGACUUUCAGGAGUUUGUUGUGCUGGUGGCUGCUCUCACAGUAGCAUGUAAUGAGUUCUUUGUAGAGAGCAUGAAGAAUUAAUGUUUUUCCAUGUCUCUCUUCAGCUGUGUGACAUUUUUGUAAAUGUUAUUGAUCAGAAAUAAAGACUCUAGUGAUAUGCAGACAAUAUGUGUGUGUAUGAAAUAUGGAA